AUGAAAGUUUUUAAGGUAUUAGAACAUUUUGAAGUUACUCUAAACCGUCAUUUUGAUGCAAUUAACCUUUCACGUGAAGACAAUAUAGCAUUUAUUUAUGAAAGACUUGCUGAUUAUGGGCAAUUUAUGUCGAGGGAGAAUUUUCAAAUAUUUUUGAAUAAUCUUGGCUUUCAAAUGAAUCAUGACGGAUUUCCUAUUCGUCGGCAUUUAGAGGAUGCAGAAAUUCAAUAUUUUAUACGAGAGCUCAGAAAUCCUACACAACACGAAAGGAAUUUAUUUAUUUUGUAUCAGUUGUUUACAUUAACUCGGAGACUUGUACAGAUGUUUGUCUACGAUGGUUUUGCUGCAAGUUACUUGAAUUUUUUUGCAGAAUCAGAGUAAUAUUGUUUUUAAAUAAUAAAGGAGUUAUUAGAAUUAAGGAUUUUUUAAACAA